AUGCCGCCCGCAAAACUCGACCGAUCGCGCAAAGUGAAAGACUUGAAAACCUCGGAGGUAACAUUGCCCACGGCGGGUACGGAGUCUAAAGAGGGAUCUGCUCCUUCAUCAUCAGACGUGGAGUUUUCGAACUACAGCGCAAGCGAUCUUCUCAAAGCGAUCAUGGAAAGAAACUCAGACCCGAUCAUUGGGAGGAUGCUAAGGUUCUCAACCUCCGUCGAGGCCGAAAAACGAUCCCGUAGCCUCGUUAUAAGUGGGUUGGAAGAGGCUCCACCUCAGAUGCGACCAUCGGAGAAGCAGCUGAUCUGCUGGACAGUCGAAUGCCGUCCUGUGGAACUCUAUCGAUUGGGUACGCCGAGUGGUCGACCUAGGCUUGUCAAGUUGGUACUACCAUCUAGGAGUCACUGGAAAACGGCCUUAGGAAAUGCUAAAUGCCUCAAGGCGUCUACAUCAUUCAAAAAUGUUUUCAUUAGGAAGAGUAUGACAGCAGAAGAGAGGAAAAGGGAGUACGAACUUAGGCAACAAGCAAGGGAAAAAAAUAAAGGAAAGGAUAGACAUGAAUGGGUGAUCUUCAGAGGAGAGCUUAACAUAUCAGUGACCUCCCAAGCCAAAGAAACUUGGUUGACCCCGCAUAUUCUUGACUCUGAAUUGACUGGUGGUUUCCCUUACUUCCUGUAUCGGAAGGACCGUACCCAGAGAAAAGGUGGAGGAGUCUGUUGCAUAGUGAGGUCUUUUCUCAACUGCACGGAAGUGAAGUUGAACACCAACAUUGCCCCAGACAUACUCUGCUGUGAUAUUGUUACGCAUGGGGCCGCCUCUCCUCUGAGGAUUAUCUCGGUCUAUCGUCCUCCAAACACUACGCCAGCCGAUGACUCUACAUUACUGGAUCAUCUCCUUGAUCUUAGCUCA